AUGGCCUCUCAUCCGCGCUCCUCCAGCAUCGAUCUGGACUCCCCCGAUCGCCCAUUCGAUAACAUCAUCAACUUCCGCGAUGUUGGUCGCUCCAUCAACCGACUCAUGGGGAAAAAGGUCUUGAACGAAGGUGUUCUAUUUCGCAGCGCAAGGCUAGAUGAUGCCUCGGAAAGAGAUAAACGGCGUUUAACGGAUGAACUUCAUAUAGCUACUCUUAUUGAUUUGAGGUCUACAUCCGAACACCAAAUGGCAACCGCCAAACUCCAUGCCGAAUCGGGAACGUCUGCUCCCCCCAAUAUCAACACAGACCAUCUAUUCCAAUUGCCCCAUGUCCGCCGGCAACUGAUUAGUCUGGCUGGGAAAGCCUUCGAGCGAUCAUUGCUAUGGCGCUUGGACUGGUGGAAUUUCUUCAAGGUCCUUGCUCUCGCGGCGUCCGGGUACCGUAUGGAUGCAGUGAUUAUUAUCGGGCAACAGGUCAUGUCGCCUAGGGGUCUGAUCGGAUUGGGUCUGGAUAUGCUCGAUAGCAGCACGGCCGAGAUGAGAGAGAUCUUUGAACUCUUCGCGUCGCCGAAUGACGGCGCGGACCGGACGUAUCCGGUUCUGGUGCAUUGUACCCAGGGAAAAGACCGUACGGGGCUCGUGGUUCUGAUGUUGCUGCUUUUGACGGGUGUUGUGAGUGACGAGGCUAUGACGGCGGAUUAUGUGCAGUCGGAGCCGGAGUUGGUGGUUGAGGCGGAGGAGCGGAUGAAGGAGAUUCGGAAGUUGGGUUUGUCGGAGGACUAUAUCAAGUGUCCGGAUUGGUUUACAGUGGAGAUUAGGAGGCAUCUAGACGAGAAAUACGGCGGUGUUGAGGGGUAUCUGAGGUUCGUCGGGGUUGAGAAGAAGAAGUUGGAUGUCAUUCGAGAGGCCCUGAUUGCUUGA